AAGGCGAAAGGCCUGUCCAGUUGUAAUGCACUGAAUUCAGUGGCUGUGGUGUUUUCAUGGUGAGAAAUUACAACUUCUGCAAUAAAAGCUUUCCAGGCUUGUUUGUGCUCACUUGGAAAAGGUGUCCAAGCCAGUUCUGCAAUAGAAUCCGGACUUUCCCACUGUUGAGGGGGAAAUGCGAUUUGAAUACCUCUUUGUCACUUUGGGGUUUUUACCUUAAUCUAUAAUCAAAAGUAAGACCAGGAGCAAAUCACAGGCUGUGUGUGGAGGGAGGCGUGCUCUGAACUACACCUCCCAGCAGCCCGUGCUUGUCGGCUGAAGGAAGCGGUCACGGUCGUUCCUCCUGGACUUUUGGGCAAAGAUUAUAAACCUGAGAAGCCACAGGCUGCCGAGGAUCGUGUUUCACGCAGCGCCACGAGGAGGGCAGCAGAGCUGGGAUGGCGGUGCAGGUGUCGGUUCUGCCUUCCCCGAGGUGCCUGUUCGAUGACCCUGUGCAGAUCUGUGUGGCGGGACUCCUGCCGCAGCAGGCGGUCACCCUCCGAGCCAGCCUGGUGGAUGACGGUGGGGAACUUUUCCAAGCCCACGCUCGCUAUAGAGCUGGGAGCAGCGGCGAGCUCGACCUAAGCUGCUCCCCUGCGCUGGGGGGCAGCUAUUCGGGAGUGGAGCCGAUGGGGCUGCUGUGGUCGCUGCAGUCUAAAGCGCCCUAUAAACGGCUGGCAAAGAGGAACGUCCUGACACCUUUCUAUGUGGACUUUGAAGUGUAUGAGGGCCACGGGGAUAUGACCCGCUUGCUGGCAAAAUGCACCAAUGAGAGAUGGUUUUUAGGAGAGGGAGUGAAGAGGAUUUCAGUCAGAGAAGGUCGUCUGAAGGCAACCCUCUUCCUCCCUCCUGGAGCUGGUCCAUUCCCUGGGCUCAUCGAUUUAUAUGGAUCUGGAGGAGGUCUUGUUGAAUACAGAGCAAGUCUUCUGGCUAGCAGAGGCUUUGUGACUCUGGCUGUUGCUUACAUGGCCUUUGAAGAUCUCCCUGCUAUGCCAGAAAUUCUUGAACUGGACUAUUUUGAGGAAGCUGUAAACUUUUUGCAGAAGCAGCAGCAGGUGAAAGAUACUGGGAUUGGCGUUCUGGGCUUGUCUAAAGGAGCUGAUCUAGCCCUUUCUAUAGCCACAUUUCUACCUGGCAUCAAGGCAGCUGUCAGCAUAUCUGGAAGUGGAUUUAAUUCUUUCAUUCCCCUGCAGGGGGAUGGCUUCACUCUUCCUGCCCACCCAUAUGAUUUGGGGAGGAUGAAGAUCAAUGACCAGUCUGAACUAAUAGAUUUUUCAGAUGUCCUAGAUGAUCACAGGGACCCAGCGACUUGGGUUUGUCGCAUUCCAGUGGAGAGGUCCUUGGCCAAGUUCCUCUUCCUGUCUGGACUGGAUGACAAGAACUGGAAAAGUGACCUCUAUUGCCAGGAUGCUGUUCAGCGCCUCCAGCAGUAUGGACGGGAAGUGGAGUUUUGCUCCUAUUCUGGAGCAGGGCACCUCUUGGAGCCACCAUACUUGCCUUUAUGCCAGGCUUCAAUCCACAAAGUGCUUGGGAUGUUUGUGCAUUGGGGAGGGCAAUGGAGGGAACAUGCCAAAGCUCAAGAAGAUGCAUGGCACAGGAUACAGGCCUUUUUCUGGCGACACUUGAUGGACUCGGACAUCCCUAAGAGCAAACUGUAGUGGAAGGUGUCCAAGAUGUUGACCAGGGUUGUUGUUUCAGCUCUCACUGAAUCUUGGAAAUGCAUUGAAAUUUUCCUGGCCUGCCUUCUUCUAGUCCCCAGUGUUGCAUAGUUGUUUAUUUUCAUUCACCAAACAAUUUUCCAAUUUUUAGUUGAAUGUCAGUUGUCUUCUGGCUGCAGCUGCACUGCAGAUUGUCACCAUCUGAUCUGCCUGUGUGCUGUAGUCAUCUGAGAAAAACCCAGCAUCCUGUCAUGUCAAUUGCACUUGUAUUGAGCUAUCUUUGCCCUCAAUCUCCAACCAUCUGAUUUGGUAGCAGGGAAUGCUCUCAUAGGAGGAGUUUUCCAUUGAACUGUUUAGUCUUGCACCUUCAACUAACCGAGAUGAAAACACCACUUCUUGGAACAAUACAGUCGUAUACUCGUUUUUCCCCUUGGUGUAUAAUUUUCUCACAUUUCUUAGUGAAAGCAUCGCACAGUUCUGAUCUCAACUAAGUAAAGAGGCACUCUUCUGACUUACUAUGAACUGCAGUGAUAACAUUUUUUUUCUGGUACCUCAAAAAUCCAAAGUGAAUCUUACCCAGGUUACACUGGUUGUGUAACUUACGUUACACACUUAAUUUACGUGUCAGGGUAAAGUUUCCACUGUACUACUUAAUAAAUACAAUGUGUAUGUGUGUA